AUGGAUGAUCCGCAAGUUUGUGAUAAGAAAAGAAACAAUUUGGCAGAGAAACAGGAAAUAAAUCGGAGCCCAACGUUGCGGGAGGAAGAAAAAGUAGUGUCCUUCAAGUCGAAGGUAGAAAUCAGCAGGCUGGGAGGUCGGUUGAGUGAGGUGGUGGGUCCCGUCGUGGAGGAGGCCAUUGAGCCAGGGGAUGCGACCCCGCUGACGGGACCCUCGAGGGAGACCUCGGUUCCUCGAGCACCCCCGCCGCAGCGUGUUACCCCAAGUCCGCCGAGACCACCGCCCGCUACGUCUCAGCAUCACGAGAAUCCGGGUCACCCGACCCACAAUCCGGGACACCAGUCCCAAAAUCCCGGGCAUCACAACCCGGAUCACUCGCCCCACAAUCCGGGUAAUCUCGGCCACAAUUCUGGUCACAAUCCCGGUCACCAAACUCAUAAUCCAGGCAAUCCCGGCCACAAUCCGGGCGACUCCGGUCACAAUCCGGGCAAUCCCGGUCACAACCCGGGCAAUCCGGGCCACAACCCGGGUAACCCCGGCCAUAACCCAGGUCACAACCCGGGUAAUCCCGGCCACAACCCGGGUAAUCCCGGCCAUAACCCAGGUAACCCCGGUCACAAUCCGGGUAAUCCCGGUAACCCGGGCCAUCCAAGCCCCGCUGACCAAGACCAGAAUCCCGCUGACCAGCCGGCACAAAAUCCCGGCCAUCCGACGAGUCCAGGACGAGAAGCUCCUCAUCCACACGUGAGUCGUCAGCCAAGUCAGAAUCCAACUCAGCCGACACAGAGUGGCAGGGAGCAAGCACAACCGACCGCAACCGCAACCACAACAUCUGGAGCGUAG